GCACCGGGAAAAGUGGACAAAGUUCCAGUUGUGAGAUUUUCUGCAUUUAGAAAGCCCUGCAAAUGAGAAGGCGCCAGAAAUUAUGCUGGGUGGAGAAAUACUUCGAUAGAAGGUCCCCUCAGAGGAACCAGGAGAGACUCUUCAAGUGCUCUGAGUGUGGGAUAUCCUUUGCUCACAAAUCCCUCCUUUUGAUUAACCGGACGCUGGACAUGAGGAAUGGAUCUCAUCUGUGUUUAAAGUGUGGGAACUCAUUUCGUGGCUGUGAAGCUUUCCCAAACAUCUCCGGAGCCACCCCGGACUGAAGCCCUACAAAUGUGGAGAGUGUGGGAAGCAUUUUGCUAAAGGCUGGGACAUCGGAGCUCCUUAGCGUAUCCACCAGGGAAAGAGACCUCACGAAGGCCUCAGUGUUUUUCCAGGCCUCAGAACAGCCCAACUGAAGAGGAACCCUGCAAUUGUGUGCAAUGCGGGUUUUGCUUUUCUCAAAACUCAGAGAUGCUUAAACAUCAACAAAUCCACACGGGACAAAAACCUUAUCAAUGUCUGGAGUGUGGGAAAUCUUUUGUUCGAAAAACAAGUCUCAAAAUCCACGGGAAAAUUCACAUGGAAAAAAAACCUUAUAAAUGCUUAGAGUGUGGUAAAUGUUUCACUCAAAGUUCAUCUCUUUGCAAACAUACUAAAACACACGAAGAGGAGGAAAGCAGAACGUGCCUAGAAUGUGGGAAAUGUUUUUCCAGCAAAUCAUCCCUGCAACGACAUCAGAAAGUCCACACUGGGAAAAGACCCCAUGAAUGCCGAAAAUGUGAGAAACGAUUUGAGACUGCUUCCACCCUAUUGAGACACCAAAAGACGCACAUUGGAGAAAAACUCUAUAAAUGUGAAGUUUGUGAGAAAUGCUUUUCUCUAAAGGGAAGUUUUUUUCGACAUCAGAUCAUCCACACAGGGGAGAAACCCUAUCAGUGCAUCGAGUGUGGGAAAUUUUUUCGUACGAUGUCAAGCCUCGGACAUCAUAAGAAAAUUCACAGAGGGGAAAAAAAAUACAAAUGUUUAGACUGUGGGAAAGCAUUUAUUCAUUCAGCUCAUCUUAGAAGUCACUGGCAAGUCCAUAUAGGAGAGAAGCCCCAUAAAUGCUCAGAGUGCGAUAAAUGUUUUUCUACGAAAAAUAGACUUUUGAUACAUCAGAGAACCCACAGUGGAGAGAAACCAUACAAAUGUCCGGAGUGUGGGAAGUCUUUUCCUUGCCAAGAAUAUCUUAAAAAACACCAGACGAUUCACACAGAAAAGAAGCGUAUCAGGUCUAAAGAGAAAAAUGAAAUGUGCUCAGAAUGUGGGAGAUGUUUCUCCCAAAGGUCACACCUAAUUCGACAUGAGAGACUUCACACCGGAGACAGGCCCUAUCAAUGCCCAGAAUGUGACAAGCGAUUUGUGGAGUCUGCUGAACUCCGGAGACACCAGAGGGGGCACACAGGAGAGAAGCCCUAUAAAUGUGGGGAGUGCGCAAAAGGUUUUCUCACAGCAACACUACUUCGGGUUCAUGGGAGAAUCCACACUGGGGAGAAGCCGUACAAAUGUGUGGAGUGUGGGAAAUGCUUUUCCCAAAAACAACACCUUGGAAGUCAUCAAAAGUGUGGGAAAUCUUUUGUUCGAAAAACAAGUCUCAAAAUCCACGGGAAAAUCCACAUGGAAAUAAAACCUUAUAAAUGCUUAGAGAAAUCAGUCCUGCAGCGACAUCAGACAGUCCACACUGGGGAGCGACCUUAUGAAUGUCUGGAAUGUGGGAAAUGUUUUUCCAGGAAAUCAUCCCUGCGGGAACAUCAGAAAAUCCACACUGGGGAAAGACCCCAUGAAUGCCCAGAAUGUGAGAAACGAUUUGGGAGUCAUUCCACACUUUGGACACACCAAAAGACGCACACAAGAGAAAAACCUUAUAAAUGUAACGAUUGUGAGAAAUGUUUUGCUCUAAAGAAAAGUCUUUUUCUACAUCAGAUAAUCCACACAGGGGAGAAACCCUAUCAGUGCAUCGAUCAUUCCACACUUUGGACACACCAAAAGACGCACACAAGAGAAAAACCUUAUAAAUGUAACGAUUGUGAGAAAUGUUUUGCUCUAAAGAAAAGUCUUUUUCUACAUCAGAUAAUCCACACAGGGGAGAAACCCUAUCAGUGCAUCGAGUGUGGAAAUUUUUUUCGUUCAAUAUCAAACCUCGGAAAGCAUAAGAGAAUUCAUAGAGGGGAAAAAAAAUACAAAUGUUUAGACUGUGGGAGAGCAUUUAUUAAUUCAUCUCAUCUUAGAAGUCACUGGCAAGUCCAUAUAGGAGAGAAGCCCCAUAAAUGCUCAGAGUGCGAUAAAUGUUUUUCUAGGAGAUAUAGCCUUUUGUUACAUCAGAGAACACACAGUGGAGAGAAACCAUAUAAAUGUCCGGAGUGUGGGAGAUGUUACGCCCAAAGGACAAGCCUAACUCGACAUGAGAGACUUCACACCGGAGACAGGCCCUAUCAGUGCCCAGAAUGUGACAAGCGAUUUCUGGUGUCUGCUGAACUCCGGAUACAUCAGAGAAUCCACACAGGAGAGAAGCCCUAUAAAUGUGUGGAGUGUGGGAGAUGCUUUUCCCAAAAACAACACCUUGGAAGUCAUCAAAAGGUCCAUAAAAGAAGGAAGCCAUAAAGACUCAUAGUGUGUAGAAAUGUUUUGCUUAAAAGGGAGAUAUCAGAAAACUCAAAUGGGAAAAGGCCUUACGCCCUGAUGGUGGACCAGUUUUUUAUAGUUGUUCAACCCUUAGAAGUCAUGUAAGAGUUCCUAAAGAGGGG